CACACACUCACACACACACACAGGUGGAGGAGGAAAGGAGGGAUAGAAGAGGAGAGAAAAAGAAGAAGAGACGGCACACAGUUUGGCUCGAAAAUCACGACUGAAGAGUCCAGUGAUGAUGACGACGACAAGGAAGAGAGGUCACACAGUGUUGGAGAUAUUGGAGAGGGACUUCUGUCCACCAAGCCGUCAGUCAGCCUAUUAUUUGAGAGAGAAUUACCCCCCACACCAAUACAGGGCAAUACCACUGACCCCUAUAAGUGGCUUGGCACCUUCUUCGGUCAUUAAAAUAGCACCACAUGCCGGUGGACAGCCAUGGCCUUACUAUGCACAACCACCCAUCCAUGGGCAUUUUUCACUCAUUCCUCGCCCCAGACUGUGCCAGCAGCCAAUGGGACUUGACUGGAUGUUGCAUCAAAGAACACUUCCACACACUUACGUAAUUCUGACUAAUAAAAUCAAAGACACCAGAGUUUCUAGUUCAGUAGAAUUAAAAAUGCCAGAUUUUCCAUCAAUGCCACGUAAUCAGGUUCAAAAGGCCAUUACUAAUGCGACCAGUCACUCUUCCGGUUCUUCCGACGUGGACACGUCCCUCAUCCCUGAACUUUUCAACUCCAGCUCAGUUGCCAGAGGAAACCAGGAUGAAGAGGCCUUAGAUCUGAGCACUGAUGGAGGCAGUGAGGUCGUAGGGGUCAGGAAACAGCCCUACCCGUUACUAAGGCAGAACGGGAAGCUCCGGUAUGACUGUAACGUUUGUGGGAAGAACUUCAGCCAGCUGUCCAACCUGAAGGUCCACCUGAGGGUCCACAGUGGAGAGAGGCCGUAUAAAUGCUUGACCUGCAGGAAGGACUUCACUCAGCUGGCUCACCUGCAGAAGCACAGGCUGGUGCACACAGGGGAGAAACCAUACAAGUGUUCGAGCUGUUCUCGCCGUUUCAGCAGCAGCAGUAAUCUGAAGACUCACCUGAGGCGCCACAUAUGUUUCCAACCCAAGCACCAAGCACUGAGCACAUUCACCUGAGAGGAACAGUUUGAUGAAAAAAUAAAUGCACACAAUUUCCUCCCUUACUCUAAAUGACCAGCCGAGACAUGUUUGGCGUCUGACGUUUGCUCCC